CUUCCGUGCGUAAAAAUGAACAGAGCCAUGUUGCGCUCUGCUGCGCAGGGCGGAUUUUCAGUCCAAUCACAGCAUUUGGAGGCUGGACUCUCCAUUAGGUGGGGUUUGCCCGAGCAUAAAUACUCUCCUUCUGGCCAUACAACGCCCCUACAACCACAGAGAGAGAAACUUCCCCCUCUGACACCUCUCGACAGAACCAACUCUUCCAACAUGUCUUUCAUCCAAGCCUUCUUGCAGCAGACAGUCUAUCUGGGUUUGCCCGAUGAGUCACUCCUGAAGAACGAGGGAACGGUCACCGCUGCAGCCAACUUCAACCCAGGAGCAGAUGCUGGAGUCUUGGAAAAAGCCAUUAAGACCAAAGGCGUUGAUGAGAACACCAUCAUUGAAAUUCUUGUCAGAAGAAGCAAUGACCAGAGGCAGCAGAUCAAAGAGGCUUACCAACAGGCAACUGGGAAGCCUCUGGAAGCAGAACUGAAAAAGGCUCUUAAAGGAGACCUGGAGGAAGUGGUGCUGGCUCUGCUGAAAACACCAGCCCAGUAUGACGCUCAGCAGCUGAAACUGGCAAUGAAGGGUCUUGGAACAGAUGAGGAUACCCUGAUUGAGAUCCUCGCCUCCAGAACCAACAUGCAGAUCUUGGAAAUAAAGAAGGUCUACAAGGAGGAAUACAAGAAGGAUCUGGAGGAGGAUAUCAGAUCAGAUACCAGUGGAGAUUUCAGGGCUGCCCUCCUCGCUCUCUGCAAGGCUGGCAGGACUGAAGGAGUCAGUGAGCAGCUGAUUGACAGCGAUGCCAGGACUCUGUAUGAGGCUGGGGAGGGGAGGAAGGGCAAAGACUGCUCCGCCUUCAUUGAAAUCCUGACCACCAGGAGUGCCCCACAUCUCCGCAAAGUGUUUGAAAGGUACUCAAAAUACAGUAAAGUGGAUGUGGCCAAAGCUAUCGACCUGGAGAUGAAGGGAGAUAUCGAAAACUGCCUCACAGCAAUAGUGAAAUGUGCUGGAAGCAGGCCGGCAUUCUUUGCAGAAAAACUCUACUUGGCUAUGAAGGGUAAAGGUACCCGCAAACACAUCCUGACUCGCAUCAUGGUGAGCCGCUCUGAGAUAGAUAUGAAACGGGUCAAGGAUGAGUACAAGAAAAACUACGGCAAAACACUCUACCAGGACAUCCUGGAUGACACAAAAGGAGACUAUGAGAAGAUCCUGCUUGCUCUCUGUGGAGGUGAAAACUAAAAGCUUGUCUGGGACCAAAGUGCAAAAAGCCAAAGAUCUACCAUAAUGUUCAGCAGCUGUGGAAAAUCAAUUGUUAUCUUUUGAAAUAUAUGGCGUUGUGGAGGACUGGGAAGGGGUCUCUGCAACUGUCAUGGCAUUUAGUCA